AGGAGGCACUACUAAUGGAUCUGUGAUGUGAACCCUCUUUUUAGUGUGGUGGCUGGAAGGCAGCACAAGGUGGAUCCGUACCCUGAAAUGGCAGUAAUUUGGAUGUGAAUUCAUCUUUCUUCUUGCAAGAAAGGAUUCUAAUAACUCAGUGUCAAAGCCAAGUCAUAGACUCAAUCUCUUCUCUUCUAAAAGAGCUCCUGCUGGGCCGCCCUGGUUCUCCCGGACCAGCCUCCGGGCCUCCUGCAGCCGGAGUGCAGCUCAGCGCUGAUCAUCUGCACUGCGGAUCGGCUUCGCGUUACAACAUGGAAGCCAUCGCCAAGUUUGAUUUCACCGCCUCGGGCGAAGAUGAACUGAGUUUUCACACCGGAGAUAUCCUGAAGAUCUUAAGUAACCAGGAGGAGUGGUUCAAGGCAGAGCUUGGAAGCCAAGAAGGAUACGUGCCUAAGAAUUUUAUUGACAUCCAGUUUCCUGAGUGGUUUCACGAAGGCCUCUCGCGGCACCAGGCAGAGAACUUGCUCAUGGGCAAGGAGGUUGGCUUCUUCAUCAUUCGGGCCAGCCAGAGCUCCCCCGGGGACUUCUCCAUUUCUGUCAGGCACGAGGAUGAUGUUCAGCACUUCAAGGUCAUGCGAGACAACAAGGGUAAUUACUUCCUAUGGACAGAGAAGUUUCCAUCCCUGAAUAAGCUGGUGGACUACUACAGGACGACUUCCAUCUCCAAACAGAAGCAGAUCUUCCUGCGGGACAGAACGCGAGAGGACCCGGGUCGCAGGAGCAACAGCCUGGACCAGAGGGCCCAGGGAAGCCCACACCUCAGUGGGGCUGUGGGGGAAGAGAUGCGGCCUUUGAUGAACCGGAAGCUGUCGGAUCACCCGCCGCCCCCUCCCUCGCAGUACCCCCUAGUCCCGCCGCUGCAGCAGCAGCAGCAGCGGUACGCGCUGCAUCACCAUUUUCAUCAGGACCGCCGCGGAGGCAGCCUUGACAUAAACGACGGGCACUGCGGCAUAGGCCUGGGUGGCGAGAUGAGCGUGGCCCUCAUGCACCGCAGGCACACAGACCCGGUGCAGCUCCAGGUGGCUGGGCGAGUGCGGUGGGCCCGGGCGCUGUACGACUUCGAGGCCCUCGAGGAGGACGAACUGGGGUUCCGCUCCGGAGAGGUGAUCGAGGUCCUGGAUAGCUCCAACCUGUACUGGUGGACCGGCCGCCUGCACAACCAACUGGGCCUCUUCCCCGCCAACUACGUGGCACCCAUGAUCCGAUGAAUCCCUUCUGGAGGGGCCGGAGGCUUUGUCCGAAGCUGCCUGCACAGGCGCGAGCAAGGAAGACAACUACGUCCACACACACGUGUGCCCAUGUAUACACACAUUUUAUGACAGUAAUUUAUUGACAGUUUAGUUGGUUAAUUAGCUGAUGUGAAAGUAACGCAGGUGGAGGCUUAUAUUCAUACUUGUUUUUCUACUCCCCUCCGCGGGGUGCAGACGGUGGGGGGGACUGGGAGUGGGGGCAGGGAACCGAGAUUCCUCCUGUUCUAGAGACGGCACCACUCCCCCACCCCCCCACGCCGGUCCUGGGAGUCGUCACUGGGCAGCUCAUCAGAGGCCCCACCCCGGCGCUGGCUGCAGAGCAGCGGGGUGCGGCUGGACUUGGCAGGGCAUGUCUAGCUCACCUGGGAGCCCUGCUCCUCUGGAGGGUGUGCAGGGCCGCUCUGCCCCCGUUCUGCAAGGGCGAGCACUGCCGGGUGGAGAACGAGGGUGCAGCCCCACAAGUCUGAGCCUGAGCGGCCAGGGUGUGAGGGCAGGGCCGGAGCACAGGCACCCCGAGGCCGGGCAAGGCCAGGACCUGCGUCUCUUUCGAAAGACUCGCUCUUUGGCCGGUCCCCUUCCUGUGGCCGACACCCAGAAGUGGGGACACUGCGAGAAGCCGAGCACUGGGAAAUGGAGGGGUUUUUUUCACAAGUCUCCCGGUGGCCCACUUGGGUGUAACCUCCAGGUCCCCAGCUUCUGAGAAAGUGGCGUCCUAGAUCCUGGAAAGUGCCCGGAGGAGCCUCGGCCGAGAGAGCCAGGCGUCAGAGUCAGUGUUGUGUGGUUGCAGAGGUGCCUCCUUGGGGCUCUACAUGCUCUCCGUCCGGGUUCCCCGCGUCCGUCCGGAGCUGCUUUGCCCAGUGGCGCACAGAGAAGCCCGCUCCCCAGCAGCGCUCACUGGUGAUUGGCUGAUGGGUUGGUGGACCGUGACCCUGGGUGGGACCCGGCUUUCAGAUGAGCUUCUUGUUUCCCUGACCACUGGACCUCUUCUGGCACCUUCCCCGCCCAAGAGCUGCACCUGGGGAGAACAGCCCCAUGGCGAUCUGUCUGCCCUCAGCACCUCAAAACGGAACUGUGUUUCCCAGUGCUCAUCCUAGCCUGGCCAGGGACAAGGGGCACUGGAGAAGGAAGCUCAGCGUCAUGGGGGAGCUCGGGCGCACGCAUCUGCACCGAGGACACCUAGAAGGUGGGGGGAGGGGGAGAAAGAGAGAGAGAGAGUUCUGAGACGUGAAAGGAGAGGUUGGGGCCAGAGUGUCAGUGAGGGGGCCUGUGGGGUGAAGGGGGGUCUGUUCCUUCCGCCCCAGCCCUUCCUGCUCUAGGGAGGGACGGGGGCAGCCACCAUCAAAGGUGAGGAUGUAAGAAAAAGAGUUUGCAACUCAGAAGUAACUGUCAGUGUAACGUAGGCUGCGUCUCUCUGGCUCCGAGUUCUAAGAUUCUCUGAUCCCCGUGUCACCUUCGGAGAAAAACAGGAAGAGAAGGGACUCCGUGGUGAGACCGAGGAAGGGAGAGACAAGAGCCGGAGAGAGGAGGGGAAGCCGAGUGUGAGCGAGGGUCGUCUAGCAGCCAGAGGACAUUUCAAAAGAGGAAGGAGCGGCGAGAGAGGCGCAGAGGGAGGAAGGGAGCCAGAGGCUAAGUGGGCAGGCGAGGGGGCGCCGGAGUCUCAGGCAGAGGCACCGGGAGGGGCGCAGAGGCAGGUGGGGAGGAGGACCUGGAGCAGAGAGACGGACACCAGCGGGUCGGGGGCAGCGUCGCCACGGGAAUGAGGACCAGAGAACAAAGGCAAAGGAGGCUGAAUCGGGCGUUUGGCGCUGGGUGUUGCGAACGUGGUACGGUAAAUGAAAGCCAGCGUGAAUGCUUGAUUUACAUGGUAUUUAAACCAUGUGCUGUAAACAGCCCACCAGCUCGAUCCAUUUGUCCGAGUGCGUGGGAGGAUCGGCCCCAGUGAGGGCAGAGUGAAAUGACUUGGUUCUGGCCUGGAUUCCAUGCCUUGAAUCACUUCUCAAGGAAGCAGUAACAAAACAAGGGCCCUUGUUGUGGGGCUGUGCCUGGCGCCUGGUGGCACGCCCCCCAGGAGGGGCAGGGUCCGGGGUCUGCAGAGGCUGGCCACACAGUGUGGGCGGGGCUUUCGGGACCCCCGACUGGGCCCUCUGUCCCACCUGAGGCCACCGCGGGAACAGUUUUCACUGAGGGGGGAAAAGAGCCUGCUCAUCGCGUGGCUCAGUGCAGAAGGAGGCAGAUGUCACCCUGAUCGCCCAGAGAACAAGGGCCCUUAGGGACCAAGCUAAGAGGACAGGGACCAAACCGUCCAUGCUGGGGGAGGGGCAGCUGGCUCUGCGUGGCCUCUGGUGCUGUCCGCGGGGGCACCUGCACGGCGCUGCCCACCUGACAGCAUCCCCGCACCAGGGGCUCACCCACCCAGCGUCGCUCGCCAGGCACACGGCCAGGAAACAGCACACUGCCUCUGAAUUCGGCAGAAAUGCCCCGUGUGACUUGGGAGCAGGGAACUUCCAGAGAAAACCCAGUUCCUGUUGGACCAGUUCGGUUUCCCUCCCUGCUUGCCGAGGCUCGCUGCUCGCUGCAUUUCUAAGAUCUGGCACUGCCCUGCCCGCCCGCUUCUCGGCGGCCCCGGGGCCGUCUGAGGCCAGGGCGCUUCUCAAAAUAAGUGUGCCCGUGAGUGGUCUGCGGAGCGUGUUAGCACGCGCGUCCUGAUUCGGGUCUGCGCUUCCACCCGUCUCCAAAGUUAGGUUCCUGCGUCCAGGACCAUACUUUGGGCAGCAAGGGCAAAGAACUUGACAGCAAGCAAGCCGCAAAAAUUAAAUUGGAUCCCUUUUCUGGGGCACCUCUCUUUGUUGCUAACGAAUGGGUGGCUGUGGCUGUGGGGGAGACGGACGUGAUUCAGAACCGUCAUUAUGAUGUCACAUCUGCCCAGGUGCCUUAUUCUUUUAGCAUCACCCUCUCCAUCAGGAGUCAGGAAACUGUAGGGUGAGAGGCAUUCAGGUGAAGUAGAAACCGGGAUUUCCUACUAGUAAUUAUUUUAAACGUGAGCAGAGGUUGCGAAAGCUUUCUCAGGAAAUCUGUAAACACAGAGUCGAUUCCCGUCAGGCGUGGGCUUGCCAGGAGACGGGGUGGCUCGUGUGACGUCAUCAGGCCUGCGCUGGCCCAGAGCAGGACAGACGGCGGGGGGUGGGGGAGGUGGAGACGGGUCGGCCGGGUGAGGACAUCUGCUGUUCGUCUCGUCUAAAGCCAGCACCUCAGCCUCUCCACAGCCGGGCAAGGGCACGGGGGAAGCACAGUGUCAAUUCUUCCGAGUCCUGAUCCAGCUCCUCCACUUCUGGCCGUCACCGCGGCCAUGCCAGUGCCAGCGCCGGCUGUCUCCCCGGCACCUGCAUUAGCCUCCACUUUCCUCCCUGCGUGCCCGCCUGUCCCCACUCCUUUCUGCACACCGAUGCCGGAGCGAUCUUCGGCACACAGAAAUCUGAUCGCAUCACUCCCCUGCCCGGCGCACUUGAGUUGAAAUGCCAAGUCCCAGCGUGGCCCUGUGAGGUCUGGCCUGUGCCUCCCUCUCCAGCCCCCUCCUGUGCCCCUGCCCCACUGGCUGUCUCUCCGCCUCCGGAUGGCCCAGGGCUUGUCCCCAAGUCCUUCGCACCUGCUGUCCCUUCCUCCUGGAAUGCACACCCCCUGUCCUUCACCUGGCUAACUUCCAUGCGUCUCCAGGGCUUGGUUUAAAUGUCACUCUCUCAAAUUGUUCUUUUCUGACCCCUGACCUGAAGUGACCCUUCCCAUUAGACCGUCUCGUGGGGGUGGCGGUGCCGGGCUGAUGUGGAGGACCACCAGACUGUACGCCCGCUGGGGGCAGGGCCCAUCUGUUCCGUCCCCUGCCGUGUGCCCCGCGUCCAGCACUGUGCAUGGCAGGCAGAGGCUCAAUAAAGGAACGAACGAGUGAAACCCG